AUGGACGAACAAGCCCGGAUCAUGCAGGCUCUCGGCGGUGUCAGCUUGGCUGGCCACUCGAUACAAGGAGGCAUGGCACUGCCGCCUCCACAUGGACACGAUGGGAUAGAUGAUGGGAGAAAACAAGAUAUCGGUGACAUCCUGCAUCAAAUAAUGACCAUUACUGACCAAAGUCUGGACGAGGCGCAAGCAAAGUUGGUUCAUUUAUAUGUUUUCUUUACAAAACACUUUACGCACCAUUACUCACUAUAGGUAAUUAACGUUCAUAUCCAUGUAAUAAAAGGCAGGCUAUAAAAUGCUGCUACAUAUGUGCAUCUCAUGGUCAAAAUUAUUUGCAGGGGCCAAUGUAGAUUAAAAAGUUAGCACCUGCCAUCCAGUAAUUCUAAUAGUUUUGAAACUUGCUUCUGGCAGUGUGGAGGCUACACAAACUUUUAUGUGGAAAGUGCAGGCUAUAUAUUUCAUUUCCAUAUAAUGUUGCCUAUUGUUAGGCCGGGGCUCCUGUAAACAUUGAUGCGUAUUUGUAGAAUAAUGUUUCACAGUAACUCCUGAUAUUUAAAAAUAACGCUGGCUAAUGUACAAAUGUAAUUCCAUGGCAAGUUAUUUUCUAAUAGCAACAAUUUUGAAUGCAGGCCUACACUCUUAGUUUCAAUUGUGAAUUUUCAACAAAUACACUUUUUUUAGACUAACUUUGAGGUCAUACAAAAUAGUUAGUAUUUCAACAAACAAUGCAUCCAUUGUCAUUCGUGUUGACAAAUCACUGUUUAUGCUACAACUUUGAGAUGCAUGUCAACAGGGAUACAGAUCCUCCAUGUGCAAAAUGAGCAAGACCUCGAAGUUAUUAUAAAGAGCAAAGACACAUUAUUAUCUUCAAAGUUUUAACAACUGAGGUGUUAUAGUGACUAUAUUUCAAUGUUGGUUCUUGUCUCAAACUGAAACAGGAAACAUGGACUGAACUGCCACAGAAUGAAACCUGCACUCUUCAGCGUCCUCUGCGAGAUCAAAGAGAAAACAGGUAAGACUUCACACUAA